AUGCUCCCUGGCGCGACCCGGCACACCGCUCCCUUCCCCCAACAGCCUGCCCCUCCUCUCGUCGCCGUAGUCGCGCGUGCGUCCUGUCCUCCAGGCGCGCAACAGAACAGAACCGUGGCGGCGCUUACGAUCCUGAGCCACGAGACCCCGCUGUCCGAACUUUCCCUCCAGCAGCAUCUCGACAUUGCCCCGGACUUGGCUGCUACCUAUAGGCCGCUCGCCACGGAGGCGGACUCCGAGCCGGUGAUGAUGGCACAGCAGGUGCCUCAUCAGGCGACGGAUAAGAAGCGCGUCAAGGUCUAUGAAUUGCGUGACAAUGACUGGUUUGAUCGCGGGACAGGCUUUUGCACCGCAACCUUUGCGACCACCGAAGAUGGCCAGAAAGAUCCGCGAGUCAUCGUUGAGUCUGAGGACCAGCCAAACCGACUACUCCUAGAGACCAAAAUUCAAAAGGAGGAUGGGUUCCAAAAGCAGCAAGAAACCCUCAUCGUGUGGCAAGAACCCGGAAGUGGAGUGGAUAUGGCUCUCAGCUUCCAGGAGGCGGAAGGAUGUGCUUUGAUAUGGCGAUUUGUGAGCAAUGUGCAACAGACGUUCCAGAAUACAAUUGCUGGCGACGACGGGCUUUCAGACGAUUUGGCCAUCGAGGUCCCCACGACAAUCAACCUCCCUGCCGCGGAACUGGGCAACCUGCCCGAAAUCGAGUCCGGCAUGCGUAUCAUGAGUUCGAGUGCCAACGGCCGCGAUGCGCUUGCCAAGUUCAUCAUGGCAGAUGACUACAUUGGCAAAUUGAUUCCCUUGGUCGAAAUGGCUGAGGACCUCGAGAGUCUACCCGACCUUCACCGACUUUGCAACAUCAUGAAGACAAUCAUCCUCUUAAACGACACAACCAUUAUUGAGCACGCCGUAUCAGACGAAUGUGUCCUUGGUGUAGUCGGUGCCUUGGAAUACGACCCGGAUUUUCCUAGCCACAAAGCCAAUCAUCGACACUGGCUUGACAACCAAGGCCGAUACAAGGAGGUUGUCCGGAUUGAGGACGAGCAGACGCGGCAAAAGAUUCAUCAGACAUACCGGCUUCAGUAUCUCAAAGAUGUUGUUCUUGCACGGAUUCUCGAUGACCCAACCUUUUCAGUUCUGAACUCGUUGAUUUUCUUUAACCAGGUUGAUAUCCUCCAACAUCUGCAGUCAAAUUCCGAAUUUUUGAACGAACUUUUCGGUGUAUUCAAUAUUCGACGACCUGAUCAGAAGAAGAGGAAGGACGCUGUUCUGUUCAUCCAACAGUGCUGCGCCAUAGCGAAGAACAUCCAACCUCCAGCGAGGCAGUCUCUUUAUAACAACUUCAUUGCUCACGGCCUGCUCCAAGUUAUCCACUUCGGGUUGAAACACGGCGACGUUGCAGUUCGCGUCGGCGCCACCGAUAUCUUGGUCUCCAUCAUUGACCAUGACCCGCAAAUGAUUCGACAGACAAUCUAUCGCCAGAUGCAUGAGAAUACACCGUCACUGGUCGACUCAUUGAUUGAACUUCUUCUUGUCGAGGUUGACUUGGGUGUCAAGUCCCAAAUCUCAGAGGCUCUCAAGGUCCUCCUAGACCAAGGCAUUCCUCCCCAAGGACCAGAGUUCGCUCGUAUGAAUGGUGAAUUUCCUGGCCGGCCCCGGCCUCAACCUGCGGCGGAUCCUCAACAGGAACUCUUCCUUACUCGGUUCUAUGAACGAUCUGCGCUGAAGCUCUUUAAGCCGCUGUUGGAACUCGAGAACAAGACGGGUUUGGAAUUUUCAGUACAGCAAGCCUCCAUGUUCACAUAUCUCGUCGAAAUAUCAUGUUUCUUUAUCCGUCAGCAUCAUAGAUUCAGCAGAUAUUUUGUGAUGAAUCAUAACAUCAUUCAGCGUGUUUCACAGCUUCUCAAAAACCCAGAGAAGUAUUUGCGACUAGUUGCCAUACGGUUCUUCCGUAACAUCAUUGGAAUGCAAGAGGAAUUCUAUAUCAAGCAAGUCGUCGAGAAGCAGGCCUUGGGCCCUGCGUUGGAAGUGCUUGCGGAAACUUUGCCGAGAGACAAUCUGCUAAGCUCAGCGUGCCUAGAGCUGUUUGAAUUCAUCAAGAAGGAGAAUUUAAAGGACUUGGUAAAAUAUCUGGUAGCGAACCAUAGGGACCUCAUGACCAGUUUGAGCUACUUGACGACUUUCAAGGACAUGAUUGAGCGGUACGACCAGACGCAAGGAUACACAGCCAAUAUGGACUACUUCCUAGAGGAAAACGACGAAAUGGCCCGGAAACCCCCUCCCAAUACGAGGUUGAUGGAACACAUCACCGUGGACCCAAGCGAAGAAGAGUACUGGAACACUUCAGACCCUGAAGAUGAUGAUGAGGAGCACCGCCCGGGUAUGCGCGACAAGAUCUUGCCCAGCAAUGGACCCCUAACGCCCUCCAAACCUCUUGUCGACUACGCAUCGGAUGAAGAGAGCGAUGAAAAUGUCAACACGGAAGGUGACACUGCUGCAAAAGCCAAUAAUGGCCCACAGGAGUCGGCAGCCACCGGAAGACCUGGCCUCCCGACUGUUGCGUCACCGCCUGAACGAUUGUCCGAAAAACGCCGCCGUGAAGAGGAUGAAGAGGAUGAGAUAGGGAAGCUUAUGCAUAACAAACGCCGAAACAGUAGUUCUUCCGAGUCGAAUUUAGCGACGGGCUCGCGGAUGACCCCUAAACGAAAGUCGUUUGGGGGUGGCUCUGGAAAUGGCAAGAUUGCCAUAAGCCUAUCGACGGCAGUGAGGACAGGGGGAGGAUCAAGGCCAGAUGAGGAGUCAUGA